UUCAUGCAUGUCUUUCUCUUUCUCUUCUGAUCUUCCUUUCUGACUCUAUAUGCGUGCUCGUCAUUCCCGUGGCUACCCUUUUGGUUCUCGGAAACUCGAUCGUCUUGCCUAGCCUAAUUGGCCACCAUGACCGAUGAACAACGAGAACCACAAGCUUCCCCGAGCAAUGGCGUCCACAAGUUAGAAAGAAAACAAAUAGCUGAAAGGGAGAGAUCGGUUUUUAGAGGCAGGCGUCCACGACCUGGGUUUUCUGAUUCAUUUUCAAGCGUUGACCUGGAAGCUUUAGAGAUUGAAGAGGGCUCUCCUAGGAGUCAAGGGUCUGAAACCCCAAGUUCAAGGGCCAGCACUUCUGAUUCGGAGAGUCAGGGAUCUUUUGCUGGGACACCUAAUAACAAUAACCAGUGGCGUGGUUUCUUUAAACUACUCAAGAAAGGAUCCCAAAUGCCUUUCCAAACUUUUCACCCACUUAAAAAUGUUCCAAAACUGACAAGAAGAAAAAGCAAGAGAAUCAGGGAGGACCUCAUUCCAUCACUGAAUGCAGCAUCUCUUGACACUGAGUUUGGCUGCUUCAAAUCUUCCUGGAAAAACUUCACCCUCGCGGAGAUCCAGGCUGCAACUGAUGACUUUAGCCAUGAAAAUUUGAUUGGGGAGGGAGGCUAUGCUGAGGUUUACUUGGGCAAAUUGGAGGAUGGAAACUUUGUUGCCAUUAAACGGUUGACAAGAGGGUGCCAAGAAGAAAUGACUGCAGAUUUCUUGUCUGAGCUUGGCAUUAUAGUGCACGUGGACCACCCCAACAUAGCUAGAUUGAUUGGAUAUGGUGUUGAAGGAGGAAUGUUUCUUGUUCUUCAAUUGUCUCCACAUGGUAGCCUGUCAUCCAUACUUUAUGGACCUAGAGAGAAACUGAAUUGGAGCCUCAGAUAUAAGAUUGCUAUGGGGACUGCUGAGGGCCUUCGCUAUCUGCAUGAGGGGUGUCAAAGAAGGAUCAUUCACAAAGACAUCAAGGCUUCUAAUAUUCUUCUCUCAGAGGAUUUUGAGCCUCAGAUAUCUGAUUUUGGGCUUGCAAAGUGGUUACCUGACCAAUGGACUCACCAUACUGUCUCAAAAGUGGAAGGCACAUUCGGCUACCUUCCUCCUGAAUUCUUCAUGCAUGGUAUAGUAGAUGAAAAGACAGAUGUCUAUGCUUAUGGUGUACUAUUAUUGGAGCUCAUUACUGGUCGACAAGCUUUGGAUAGCUCACAGAAAAGUCUGGUGAUGUGGGCAAAACCUUUGCUAACUGCAAAUAACAUCAAAGAGCUUGUGGAUCCAGUUUUGGCUGAUGCUUAUGAUGAAGAGCAGAUGAAGCUUGUAACCUUAACAGCUUCUCUCUGUGUAGACCAGUCCUCAAUUCAGCGACCGGUUAUGAGCCAGGUGUUAGAUAUACUAAGAGGGGAAGAAGAGAGCUUAAGAAUCAUGAAAGAACGAUCGAAGUCAAAACUUCAGAGGACAUACUCUGAAGAACUCUUAGAUGCAGAAGAGUACAACUCAACAAAGUUUUUGAGUGAGAGGGAUCGACAUAUGGAGACUAUUCUAGGCUGCAGUAGCUCUGUUACAGAAGAUGAGGAUAAAAUCUAGCAUAUGGUCUAUGAUUCAGUUAAUGGGUGUACAUGGAACUACAUAAGUUGAAAUUAUAAGGCAGUGAUUUAUUUGCAGAACAUGAACUGAUUCUGAUUCCACUAGAGGAUCCAGAGCUGGCCAGAACAUGGGUUGAAGAGGUUAACAAAGACAGAAACUGAGGUGGAGGCAGAACCUCAUGUGGAUGUAGCAUGUUUGCCAAUAGUUUUAUUUAGUCAAAAUGGUGAUGAAAUGGGACAUAAUUUGUGAUGCCAAAUUAAAGCUUCAGGAUGGGUUGCCUUUAGAUGGGGAUUACCGUUUUCCAUUUUAUCCACGCAGUGUCAAUGAUCAUCAUCAAUUGCAAAUACCAUUUUCAGCAAGUUGUUUAAUUUUCUAUUGUAACCAUAAGCAGAUUUGUCCAAGAAAAUUUCCUUAAUUUGUUCAUUUUGUGUUAUGUGAUUUUUAUUUUAUA